UCCAAGUGCUUAACACUACUGUCUGCCAUGGGCUAAUAUUAAACGAUUCUCGUCAUCAGUUUCGCAGGAAGCAGAUAUUACAUCAUUACAACAUUUCCAUAAGUCAGGAAUCCCGGCGUCAAAGGUGAAGCGAGAAUUCCGUACAUCCCAUUCAAACAUAAGGCGUGAUAAUUGAUUCCCUGUGCUUUUAAUUAACACUUAUUAACGGCAGAAGUGUUACUUAAACAGCUUUGACUUCUUCUCGUAAAUUAUCUCCAAAGCCUAACAUGAAAUCCACUCGCUUCACUUGAAAAGUCAGGAUUUCAGCUCAGAAGUUCGUUUCAUUUAGUUCAAGUUUACCAUCCUCCAGCGAAAUGCACUAGAGGCGUGGCCUCGUCACGUGAUGGACAGAUGACAGUAUUCGCCUUUCAGCUGUUUGUUCUCUUGUCCAAUCAGCGAGCACGGUGAUUUUGGCGACGACACGACGCUCAGUUAAAAGGGCCUCUUAAUUGAUUGUUUGCUAUGGCUAGAAUUCACUUAUUACUUCACCGUUUUACCUUGUACAACCCCAUCACUCUGUCAGUGUGCAGGUCAGCUGAAACACAACUCCCCGUUUUACUCGUAGGCGCCAGGUCUUGGAAACGCAUCAUCAACUUAUUUCUCCUGCAUAACUACCUCCUGUGGAUUGUCCAAUGGCUUCUGUCGCGRUCAAGAGAACUUUAUUAAGCACCAAGGCCAAGGCAUUUUCCAUUGCUUCCUUAGUGGAUGAAGGGAAAGACUCUGAGUGUGGACAGCCUGAUGACAAGAAAACCCCUGAGGAAGGCGCCCCUUCUACCAGCAAGAAACGAAAACUCUUAGACUAUGAUACGGAUCAUGAAGAAAAAGUUCUGAAGCCCCAAGCUAUACUCGAGGGAAGAGAGCUAUGGGAAUGCUUCUACCGUCUUGGUACAGAAAUGAUUAUAACCAAAAGCGGAAGACGUAUGUUCCCACCGCUGCGAGUAUCGUUUACUGGACUAGACACCAGCCAAUCAUAUGCCGUGGUUUUAGAUAUUGUACCAUUAGAUAAUAAACGACAUCGCUACUCGUAUACCGACUCGGCAUGGUUCGUGGCUGGCGAAGCUGACCCUACCCCACCCCGCAGGGUAUACACCCAUCCAGAAUCACCCUUCACCGGAGAAGAACUCGCCAGACAGGUGCUAUCAUUUGAGAGAGUGAAACUCACCAAUAACCCAAAGGACUCAAAUGGCAAUAUAAUCCUGAAUUCGAUGCACAAGUACCAACCACGCGUACACUUGAUUCAAAACGCAUCAGAUACCAGCGUCUCAGAACAAGAUCUGGAAAAGGCCGAUACYUUUGUUUUUCCAGAAACGGCAUUCAUGGCAGUCACCGCUUAUCAAAAUCAUCUGAUCACGCGAUUAAAGAUAUACAGUAACCCAUUUGCAAAAGGAUUUCGAGAUACCACAAGGCUACUUCCGAAUUUUGAAGAGGAUGGUUAUGUGAUGCAAAGUGAUGACUAUUCACGAUGCUGUGACUCCAUUGACGGGAUGUGCUGCCAUUUAUCAGGACAGUUAAACUGCUAUCAUGAUGUACGAGACGCCAUCGAUCCUCGACUACUUACGUCACAAGACGCACGAUGGGCAUGCGCAGAUGAUUGUUGCUCAGGUAGUGAUUUCCCAUGGCGAUCACCUCGUGGRCCCAGCCUUGGAUACGCACGCUCUCUGGAUUUCUAUUCCAGUGAUGGGACGCCGUAUACCCUGCUWAGCUGUUCAACUGCAUUAGCUGAUGAACGGCUGAGAGAUUAUUGAAAUACAAACAAUUAUUGACACUUAAAGUAGUGCUGGAGUAYGGCURUCGAUGUGUUCACCGUAAAUCACUAACGUGYRUCUCUAUAGAUCGAUCUGGCGCACGUCCGACCAUUUGACGCACAAUGACAAAUUGCUCAUCGAAAACACUCGAUGCUUGUUCUAUUAUGAUGUAAAAAAGGGAUGAUAUAUUUAACAUUACACUUAAUGUAAAUAACUAUUUAACGAGACAGCGAAAGAAUGUCUUAGUAGAGUUUCAUAAACACUGUUAUGGUUGUGUUAUCUUAAAAAAACAUCAGUUCUUGUUUUGUAAAUAAAUUCUUUAUAAUCUCA